ACUCUGAUGAAGAGCAACGUGCACUUCUUUUGUUGUUUUCUUAUUGGAAUAUGGAGGAAUUGGCAGCUUCAAAGAAUUGGACGGAAGAGGAGCGUUUGGAGCUGGCUGCAAAGCUCGAUGCCGAGUUGGAUGCAUUUAUUGAUGGCCUGGAAAAGAAGCGCUAUGAGGAAGGCUGGCCCGAGGAUCGCUGGCAAGAGGAAAUGGACAAGCAUCCGUUCUUCAUGAAACGUGCUCCACAGCCUGGCGAUGAAGUGCAUCCGAUGUUCGAGGGUCUGCAGAAACUAAAAUAUGAUCCCGAGGAGAAUACACGCGAAGAGUUGGCCCUGAAUUACAAAGAAGAUGGCAAUUUCUAUAUGAAACACAAGAAAUUUCGCAUGGCUGUCUACAGUUUCACCGAGGGCAUCAAAUCCAAGUGCGAGAAUCAGGAUGUGCUGGCCGUUUUGUAUAAUAAUCGUUCGGCUGCUCAUUACUUCAUCAAGAACUAUCGUUCAUCGUUAAGUGAUGCCCAGAGGGCUUUGUUCUAUAAACCAGAUUACACCAAGGCACGCUGGAGGGCAGCGCAAUGUGCCCAUGAACUGGACAAGUUCGAUGUAUGCACACAGUUAUGCGAGGAGCUGCUCGAAGUGGACAUUGAUCACAAGGAGGCUAAGGCUCUGCUGCAUAAAAAUAAAAUGAAGAAGCUGGAAGUGGAACGCAAUCAGCGCAAGGAACUGGCGGAGGCCAGGCGCCGGGCAUCACGGUUACAAAAACUAAAGGAUGCCGUGGAGCAGCGUAGCAUUAAAUUCGAUGAUCAGCGUCUAAACAAAAAGCUUGAUAUAACCGAAGAAUUGCUACGUCCCAAAUUCCUGCCACUAGAAGACUAUCCCGUCCAUUUAGAUGAGGCUGAUGGUUCGACUCUUAUUUGGCCAGCUGCCUUCUCCUAUCCAGAAUUCCUUUUCAGUGAUUUUCAGCAACAAUUGCCAGAGACCGCUACCAUGUUGGAUUGCCUGCAGACGCUAUUUGCCGAACCCCUGCCAUGUGAUAAGAAUCAAGAGUAUCGUGUGGGCAAUGUCAAUGUGUACUAUGAGAACCGUAAAGUGGGAUGUGUCCACAAAGUGGAUAUGACAAAGACUCUGCGAGAGUUAAUGGACGAGAAGAGUUUCUUUGUCUCGGGUGGCUCAUUACUCUUCUAUAUAGUGCCUAAGGAUUCUCGUGUGGAACAGGAAUUCAUCCAUCAGCCAAGGAGGCCAAUGGUCUACAGUUGAGGGGGGUUCAAGGAUUAAUAUAAUAACAAAAAAUUAAUUUCCAAAGGAAAA